UUACUCAACUUGCAGAGUUGCAGCUACAUUUGUUAGGAUUUCUGCUGAAGUUGACGCUCAACUUCGUAUUCGAAUUAUUGAAAUAUAUCAACUAUACAUCAGCUGCAACAUCUUACGAUAUUUUCCUCUCUCAAUCACAUAUAUUUAAACACCUGUCUACUGUACAAUUUGAAGUCCUAUAAAUACCCUGCAUAUCUUGGCUUGUAAUAAGAAAGAAAUCUCCAUAUCAGAAGCUCCAAUAUAUAUUCUCUUUGGCUGAAGCUCUCCACUUCCUUUACAUUUUUAAGGAUGGACCGAAAUCAGAUGCGAAAACAGAUUGCUUGCUUGAGGAAUUCAUUCUUUGAUGAGGGAUUUCUUGAUGAGCAAUUCUUACAGCUAGAAGAUUUGCAAGAUGAUGCUAAUCCAAACUUUGUGGAGGAAAUUGUAACGUCCUUUUAUGGUGAUUCUGUCAGAUUGCUACGCAACUUAGAAAUGGCACUAGAGAAAAGGCCUUUCGAUUUUUGUAAGCUGGAGAAUUACAUGCAUUUGUUCAAGGGUAGUAGCUCCAGCAUUGGUGCCAUCAAGGUAAAAAGAGAAUGCACCCGGUUUCAGGACUACUGCAAGGCAGGCAAUGCCGAAGGAUGCAUCAACUCAUACCAGCAAGUAAAGCAAGAGCAUGCGAUUCUAAGGAGGAAGCUCGAGACUUAUUUCAAGUUAGCAAGACAAGCCGCCUGAUCAAACAAGCAUAAGCUUUCAUAAGGAGAAGAACAGCUAAUUAAUCAAGAAUCACCAAGAUCUUGAUGUAAUGUUAUACUUCCAUAUAUUUUGUAUGUCCUGAGAGCUCAUCUCUCUCACCAUAAAAUUUUCGAUCUCGAAGUUAUUAAUAAAAAGACAAGAUGCAAGUCUUGGUUCGAUUCUA